CUCAAAUUAACUGUCAAAAAUAAUUGACACUCUCAAAUUUCGUUUCAUUUGAUCGUUUUUAAUUAAAUAAUUCGUUUUCUUGAUUCAUAAAGUGAUUUUGUCAAGAAUGAAAUUAAUUAUUUGAGCUUAUCAAUCCAUUAUUAUCAAAUUCGCAAAAUAAUCUGAGCGCUAAAUCCUUUGGGUCUUUCAUAACAGUUAUUUUGUAAAUAUUUUGAUGCUUGUUGUGAUUUAGAUUAAAUCAAAUGAUUUGAUUAAAAUUCAAUGAUCUUUUGUGUAUAAGGAAAAUAUUAUAGUAAAAUGGACCUAUCUUCAAAUAAUCUCUCUGGAUUACUUCAAAAAUUAUGUGCGGGGUUGUCACUCGAUCCAGAUGGUGCAUAUGAACUGGCUGUCUCAUAUUUAUCGUCAACUGGUGAAAAAACUCGAACAGUUCAAGAUGAAAGAUUGUUAUGCCAGAAGAUUCAAACUAGACUUACUAGUGUAUCAUCCAGGGAUGCAGAUAAAUUUAAUGAAUAUUAUUCAAAACUGAAAAGUUCUUUUAUUCUGAAGCAGCGUGUGUCGGUGUUGUCCUUACUGCUAGCUCUCUCAGAGACACCUCAGCAUUCAGAAUCCACUCAACAAUUAUUCCCAAUACCACAUCUAGCUGUUACUAAAUCAUCAUCAGGAAUUUGUGGAUCUUCAUCAAGUACUAGUAAAAGUACUAUUGGGUCUGUGAGUUGGGGUAGUCAUGCUCCCAAACAAGGUUCUAAUCAAAGUUUCCCAUCAAAUAACAGCAACAUGGCAGUUGUGUUGCAAUCGAAUGAUCGAUCGAACGAGCGCACAUGUGUGCGAGAGGCAGUAUUGGCCGCUACCGGCGUACGGUCACGCGGCGUGAGCGUAGCGCCGCGACCGCAGCAAGCUUUACAUGCGCGUAUAGCACAUCUUGGCUUCCUACACGACCGACUCAAGGAGUUCAUCGACCCUUCGUCUGGACUAAUGCCACAAGGUUUAAUGGGUGAAGGACUUGUGGCAUCAAUCAGAGAUGAACUAACUGAAUAUUAUCGUAGUGUGGCCCUACUACAAUCUCAGGCGUGUGAAGGAGAUGGUGGUGGUGGCACGCUGCGCCGAGUUUGUGUUUGGGCUCAGGAGCCUCUGCACAGACUCACCUGGCUCGCCAAUAUCGCGCAUGCAGCGCAUCACAAGAAAGGCGGCGAGCUGGCGUCGUGCGUGCACCGGUUCGUGCGGCACGGGGACGAGCGCGUGGCCAUGCUGGCGCGCCGACUGCUCACUGCGCUCACCUACCCAUUGCUACUCAUGCUCACACGCUGGCUCAUACAUGGUGAGAUUGACGACCGAUUCAACGAGUUCUUCAUUGAAAGCAGAAGUGGAGUGCCCAUUGAUAGGAUGUGGCAUGACAAGUACAGAGUGAGGGAAUGGAUGGUGCCUUCGUUCAUGUCCCGUGAGCAGGCUGCGCAGAUCCUGGCGACGGGUAAGAGCGUGGUGUUUAUGCGGGAGGCGUGCCAGGACGAGCCCGCGGGACCUAGCGACCACGCGCAACAUCUGCAGGCUUUGUUGAAACCUCACACAACGGCGUCAGGGCGCGCGGAGUGCGGCGCGUGGUGGGAGGCGGGCGGGCUGCGCGAGGGCGUGGCGGGCGCGCACGGCGCGGCGUCGGCGCGCCUGCUGGCCGCGCUCACCGAGCACCACCACCUGCUCGACCAUCUCGCCGCGCACCGCCGGUACCUGCUGCUGGCGCAGGGCGACUUCGUGCACCAUCUCAUGACUCUGCUGCAGGACGAGCUGAACAAGCCCGCGACGUCUCUGUACGUGCACAACCUGACGUGCACGCUGGAGGCGGCCGUGCGCGCCACCAACGCGCAGUUCGAGCCGCCACACGUACUCGCGCGACUGCACGUCAACCUCUACCCUAACUGUGACGGUCGCGACGAUUGUGGUUGGGACGUAUUCGCGCUGCAGUACCGCGUGGACGGCCCGCUGGGCACGCUGUUCCCGGCCACGUGCGCCGCGCGGUACCGGGCGCUGUUCACGCAGCUGUGGCGGGUCAAGCGCAUCGAGUACGGCCUGCACGACGCCUGGCGUGAACACGCCAUCCUGCAGAAGAGACUGAAGCAUAUGCCAGAGGUGUGGAGCGUGAUGCGGCGCGUGUCGUGCCUGCGGCUGGAGGCGCUGCGGCUGAUGGGCGCGCUGCAGGAGGCCGGAGGCGUGGGCGCCGAGCCCGCCUGGCGCGCCCUGCUCGCCGCCGCCGCCGCGCGCGCAGACCUCGACGCGCUGCUGGCGCUGCACCACCACGCGCUCGACCGCCACUCCAUACACGCCAUGAUACACCACACCACGCAGGAGCUGCAGUCGUACUUAGGUAACGUUUUGAACGAGACCCUGGCGCUGCGCAGCUUUGAGGCGACCCUUCACGCUGGUAUUAAUGCAGAACUCGAGCGACGAGAGAGGAUCGAGCAGAUGAAGGCGGACAGAGUGAUGCGCGGUGAAUACGCUUUCACGGCGGCAGACGAGGCUCAGGACAAAGAGAAGAGGAAAAUCUUCCACCAGUUCCUGGCCAGCCGUAGGGCGGACCUGAAUGUUUGGGCGCGCACGUACAGGGGCCACGUGACCACGCUGAUACUGAAGCUGGCGCUGCACUCGGAGGUAUCGCUGCAGACGCUAGCGUUCCGCCUCGACUACAGCGACUUCUAUAAGCGAGGCGAUGCCAAGCUGCAUGAGCCGCUCACCUAUCAACACAAACGUCUCUCCGAGAUCGGACUCAAUUUAGCUAAGAACAAACUCAUCGACCGAACAAAGAAGAAAUGACAUGUGGAUAAAUCGGAAUGUUUCGCGCCCAAAGCGUUCUGCUCGCCGUGUCUUGGCUUUGCGUGCGUCUGGACGCCCAUGCCGUGAAAACUAUUCAAGGGGCUUGUUCCACGUGAUAUCUUGCAAGUCACUUAAUUCAUAACAAUUUUAUACUGUAAUUGAGUACUGUGUCCUAAAUUUAACUUUAAGUAAAACUUGACACUUUUAUUGUUGUGCACUGAAGAAUAUCGAGGCAGUCGUUCUGUGGAAGAGUAUCUCCGUAUAUUAGAGUGAAGGCGAUUUUACUGAUUAUGACAGUCAUUUAAACAACCAUUGCUUAAAAGCAAUGGCAUUGUUUUAAAAGAAUAUCGCCUAAUAUUCGUUGGGCAGGGAUGUGUAGAGCGAAAUCUUUUUUCCAAGACUACCCAAAGUGCAAAGUUUUAAUUCGAUUUUUAUUCUUGGUACAUUCACCUAGUUUUUGCCAGUUUGAAAUGAAAACACCCGGCAGAAUUCCAAACAGAAAAUAUCGAAAGUACGUUUUUUGACGGAAAAAUCGAAUCGAAAACUCCUUGCUCCACAAUCGCUCUUAUAACAACACCAAUAAAACUCGCUUUUCAUAAAUGUAACUUCCAUAGCUCGGAGCCUGUCUGACGAACGCGUUUUCGUCUCGAAUCUCUGAUUUGUUUGUCAAAUAUCAAGCGUUUAUUCGUCGUAGCUAGUAACUCGUCGACUGCCUCAUAAAACUUCCCUUCAUUGUAAACCUAUUUUAAACUAACGCUCUCUAUAAGUCAGUUGGUGCCAUUAAUGCCACAUUAUACAUUUUUUAUUACAUUACAUUUUCUUUUAUUUAUUUCAUCAAUUCCAAUUUUGUUUUCAGUUCAGUACGAAAAGUUGCGUUUUUGUGUAAUGACUCAAUUUAAAAUAAGAAUUACAUGGGUGUGAAAUAACCAAAUGUCAAUUGAUCUUGUACAAAUUGUAAAUGAAAUAUGAUAAGCGCCAACUAAUAUCUUCUUGUUUUCUUUAAAGCUAAGGCCCCACGGCGGUUUUAUCCCACGUCUAACCGCAAAAUAAUGUGACGGAAAAGUGGUUCAAACUCUUUGACAUCAUGACGUCAAUGGAUGGUUGUCAAACGUUGCCUAGAGAUUGUAAAUUUCAUCGUGAAUUGUCAACACGAGUUGGUGUAAUCGGUAAGGCGUGUGGAUUACACCACAGA